AUGAAGCAAGUUAAAUUCGUCCCACACCAAACUCAAUGGACCGAUGAAGAGUUUCAAGCUAUGGUUGAAGGUGUUGAGAACGACAUAGACGGCGAACUUGAAGGAGCUCAAACCACAAUUGCAACCAAAAUUGCAGAAGUCAAGGAACAAAUAGCUCCACUUAAAGCUACCAAAGCUACUCUUGACCUCAUGGAUACUUACCGUUUAGAAGUAAAGAGUGGAAUAAGACAAUUAAAAUUAAAACUUCUAAACUACGAAGCUAUACUCCAAAAGUUAGCAGAAAUGAGAAGACUUUACCAGAGCUACUUACAUGUAAGGGACUUACCUUCAAGCAGUCCGACCAAAGAUGAAUUUUCUGACAUUGUCCCAAUUUUGUCCGAAAGUCAGCUCAGAUGUUUUGAACUGCUCCCAACAUAUCCAGAAUAUGAAC